CUCACUUAUUUAUAUAGAUUUUAUUUCAGCUUUAAAUUCUGUCACAUUUGACAUUCUGUUGCAUUCAUUGUAAAUUGUAAUGUAAUGUAAAAAAAUUGUCGUAAUGUACACUAUUUACUACUAAUAAGACGUAAUCUGUGAAUUAUACUAAGAACAACUAAGAAUAACAUGAUUGGCAGCGAUAGGUCUUACAAGUCUUAUUUCGAAAAAUAUUUGAAAACAACUGUGACGUCAUUGAAUUUUGUAAUAUCGCUGAGGAAAGGAAUUAAUAGAAAAUUUCUUACAAAGUUUUAAAAUGGGUGGAUCAGUAAGUGCUGGUCGAGAUAACAAUGAGUUGAUAGACAAUUUAGUGAGUGGAAAUUACAUACGUUCUCGGGGGGUAGAAAAAGUGUUUCGAGCUUUGGAUCGAGGUGAUUACAUGACACCAGAGGCCAAACGGCAAGCUUACAAGGAUUUAGCUUGGCGCGAUGGCCUACUUCAUAUGUCAUCUCCAUGUAUCUACAGUGAGGUGAUGGAGGGAUUGGAGUUAAGACCUGGCCUCUCUUUCCUAAACAUUGGAUCAGGGACAGGAUACCUAAGCACCUUAGCUGGGCUUAUCUUAGGAACUUCUGGCAUCAAUCAUGGAGUAGAAAUUCAUCCCUCAACUGUGGAUUAUGCUACCAUUAAGCUACAACAAUUUAUUAAAAAAUCACCAAGUCUAGAUUACUUUGACUUUUGCGAACCUAAGUUUUUCAUUGGUAAUGGGCUGAAUUUAGCACCCUUGCAGAGUGGAUAUGAUCGUGUUUACUGUGGUGCUGGGUGCCCAGAGAAAUAUGUGAAUUAUAUCAGAUACUUGCUGAAGGUUGGUGGAAUACUCGUCGUUCCCAUUGAUGACACACUACAGCAAGUGAAGAGAGUCUCGGAAACAAAGUUUGUCAGUCACAGCUUAAUGAGUGUUUCCUUUGCAACGCUAAGAGCACCCACCGAUGAGGAUACAAAAGAACAUUUUAAAUUGGUCGAUAUAGAGCCUCCUCGGCUGGUGAUGUUGGCCCGGGCGCGUAUCCGUGAAGCUCUGCGAGACAGCGUGCUGGAGCGGAGACCCGAGCUGCGGGAGAAGGCGUGGCGCCGCCCCCCCAGACGCAACCAGGAACCGAGAAGAGUCAUAAUACCCAUCGAGUCCACGCCCGAAAAUGAAAACUUAAACGUCCUUCACGACUUGGACGCCGAGAGUGGAGCGAAUGAAAUGAACGCGCUCCUCAGUCUCGUGAUUAGUAUGGGAGAGGACAGAUUGGCCGGAGCCCUGCGUUUCGGCAGCGACAGAGGAACCGGGUACGUAUAUCGCCACGAUCGAGACUCACAUUCCUCGGACGACGACGACGACACGGACGGCUCCACCGAAACCGUCGAACCCACCACGGAGACUUACCAUCAGAGUAUAGGAAACGAAGACGACACCGGCACACGCUCGAAUCGAGAGUUAAAAGAAGAUUCCGAAGAUGCUACUCAUAAGACUGACGCAAAAGACGAGGCCGAAAAUAAAGAGAGCGAAGUUGAAAAUGUCGUAGACAGCAAUGAUGAAAUCAAAACCGAUCCUCAAAGCGAUAGUUCCUCCGUGGACGAUUCCAAAGCUAAGAAGAAGUGGCAUUGGGCUAGGCUGUCGAGGACGAUGGCCAAGCUGAAGAGGCUCGGCAAGAAACCAUUCAGGAACACGGGAAUGGCGAAAGCUUCGACGUCGAAAGUUGAAGAUGAGCAUAGAAAUGACUGCGAGGACAGCAGCAGCGACUCCAGCAGCAGCGAGUCUGACGAUGAUGAGAAGCCUGCCGGGACCGACGACACUUCCCGGAAGGCCGGGCCCUCGACUGACAUGGAGUGGCAGGAGCACCCCGCGGAGGAUAAUAACGGAGUGCACAAAAGCAAGGCUAAAAGGCAGAAGCUGGACAGCGGCAUCGGGGAGAACUCCGGCAGCGCCGAAGAGACCACACAGAGCGACAGCGGCUCGGACUCCGACAGCUGGGAAAGGCUGAACAUCUGUUACACCGGUCUCGCAGAUCGCGUCGACGAUUCGUCCGUGGAGGAAGACGAGGCGUCGGAGGAGAGGCGCGCCCGACGCAAGGCCUCGGAGGCUCGGCGCCGGGAGAUGGGGAUCACCGUGAAGCGGGCCGUGGCCGCUCUGCCGCUGCCCCAUCCGCUCAAGAUGUUCGUGAACUGGGGUCGCUCGUACCAAUUCUAGAGGCGGACCGACGUCUCAUUCGUUACGAUUUCAUACAGUGUCUUAAUACGAUGGCUCGAAAGCCGUUUUGAAGUUGUGUUAACUUUUGGAAUAGAAGUUAUGAAAAAAUUGUUAAACGAUGACUAGCAAUAGCGAAUAUAAAUUUAAUCAAAUGAUAAAAGCGUUAGCCGUUUUGUACAUCACAAACUCGUAAUAGGUUAGAUUUUCGUGUAGUUGUUAGGUGUGCGUGCGUAGGAUCGGAGGUCGAUCUUCGAUUGGCCUAUCGAACGUACGCCCGUGUAAAUAUAUCUCCGAAUAACAAAAACACUGCGCUAUUUGAAAAAUAGGCAAAUAUGUUAAAAGGCAAGAGAUGUUGAGACUUUAUAUUUUAAUUAAUACAGUGUUUUAUAUGCGUUUAUGAUAAUAUAUUGAUUAAAGACUGCGAGUGUAGGUGAAGCAACAUUUGAGUGCGAUUACAAUGUACGAUAAAUGUUCGAAUUCUAGUCGCUUUUACUUCUCGGUACCCGCGUUACAAAUAUUUGUGAUGUAUGAAUUAACCUAACCUUUUUCAAAUAUUCCUUUAAUUAUGUAAAAAAUAAGUAAUAAAUAGGUUGUUUUAAGUCGAUGUUGCUCAUUUAUGAUGUACUAUUGUAAUGUCUGAUAGAAUUCUGUUUUGCUUUUAUUUCGUCGAAGCAAAACAAAUGUUGUUCCUUAAACAAAAUGGAAGGUGGGCGAAAGUCAUUUGUUUUAUUCGCACUUUAAAUAUGUAUAACUUUGUUAAUGGUAUCUUUGUUUCAUCUCUUACUAAUAUUAAUUCUAUGUAAUCAGCGUUCUAAUAAAUAAUUAUUCUUAAAA